UUUAAAUUUCCACCACAUCCUCUUUCUGAGAUAGUAGUGUUGUCGUAUCACUUUUUGUAAUUGCAGAGAGGAGCUGAAGCUACAGUCAUGGGAGUUGAGGGCUUCCCAAAAUGCAUAAAAUAUCUUCUGUUUUUCUGCAAUUUCAUUUUUUGGCUGUCUGGGGGCGUCAUCCUUGGUGUGGCUUUGUGGCUUCGGCACGAUGAACAGACCAGUAAUUUGCUGUUGCUGCAAUUUGAGGGAAACCCAGCCCCAACUACCUUCUAUGUCAGUGUGUACAUACUGAUUGCCGUAGGUGCUCUGAUGAUGUUUGUGGGCUUCUUGGGUUGCUAUGGUGCUAUCCAGGAAUCGCAGUGCCUUCUGGGAACGUUCUUCGCCUGUUUGACGAUCCUGUUUGCCGGCGAGGUGGCGGCUGGAAUCUGGGGAUUUAUAAACCGGGAUACGAUCUCAAAGGAGCUGAUUACCUUUUAUGACGCUGCGUAUGACAAGGCCAUCAGCGACCCAAAGAGCAAGCAGGCAGCAACCACGGUUUUGACGGCCUUCCACAAAAUGCUUCACUGCUGUGGAAAGAGUGACUUCAUGGAAGUGCACAAGGAAGUAUCUGAACUGUGCGAGAAGACACCUUCGCAAGACAAGCCAGCGAACUGCCAUACCCGACUGCAAGAACUUUUCUCUCAUAAGAUAUACUUGAUUGGGAUCUCAGCCCUUGUCGUCACCGUCAUUAUGAUCUUUGAGAUGGUCUUCAGCAUGGUGUUGUGCUGUGCGAUCCGCAACAGCUCCUCAUACUGAAGCUGAUGUCAAAGCCAAUGGCCUGAGGGUGCCGUGACUCCAGGAGCAGCCGGGCUGACCGAGAUUCUUCUGUUUUGUGUUUCCAAAGAAUUCCUUCUGCAUUUGCUUGCACAUUCAGCAUCGGUUUUUAAUAAAUCUACAGACACCAAU